AUGCGUUCUUUCAUUAAGUCACAUAGAAAAGCUGAUUUCCAGGAUGCUGCUAAUAAUCACUUUGAAAAUGCCAAUGUUAAGUUAAAUAAAUCUAUUUCAUCCAGUGCCGAUUCACUCCUAAACACUAGCUGGUUUGAAUCUCCUCAUAGCCAAAGGCGGAAUAGCGAAAAUUCAAUAUCUUUUAACCAACCUACUACUCCACCUCGUCUCACGAACUCGUCCUCAACUAAAAGUUCACCAAUCCACGAGUCUCCUCUUCACCGAUUAGCUAAUAAAGCUAAUUUUGCCUCUAAGUUGUUCAAAAAGACGUCGAACUCAAAUCUAAACUCAGUUUUUGCGGCUGAUAACAUUUUAAUGAAUUCAAGGGUAGUAUAUGAGCCUGAUAUUUCACCAAUUAAAAAGAAAGCGUCCAAAAACCUGCUAAAUGACGAAAAAUUCCUUCCAAUAAAGGGUACAAUUACCCAUUCAUGGGGCACUACGCCGUCUUCAACUCUUGGUCCUCAACUCAUUAAGUUAAAUGCAUCUAAUUAUGAACGAGUAUCAAGUUCUGAGCUCGAUCCUAUUGCAAAAACUGCAGUGGUUGAAACAAACAGUAACGUAUCUACCGAUGACUCUGAAAUUAUGAAGAAAAUGAAGAAUAGAAACUUUAGAAUACAUUCACAAGAUGAUAUUGUCAGCCUUAGUCAAAAUCAUUUAAGUUUGGAAAGUUUACCAGAGAUUACAAUCCUAGAGGCCUCACCUCAAAAAAGUGAGGUUGCUUCAUUUUCAAAAGGUGAAGCCGAAAACUUCUUAUCUUCGAUUUUAGAUGUGCGUUCUCAUAAGGACUCAGGCUCAGAUUCAGACUCUGAUACCUCCAGAUUUUCCUUCGAAUAUACUGGUCUGAAUGGUCGAACGUCGUCUGUCAAAUAUUAUUCGAAGCCAGAUGAACUACAGGUGGAGAAAAAUGAAAAAGUUUACAUCGACGACCUCUAUGAAGAUGAAAAUUUUGAUGAGGAUAUGAACUUUUAUCAAGACCACAGUUUUGAAGAGGAAUAUAGUACACAUCCUAUUACACAAACCAAAGCACUUUCAAAUGAAAAAGUAGAAAAAUACAAUGACAUCUUCAGUAUUUCAGAUGAUGAAGAUGAUAGAGAAAUGUUUUACGGUGCGCCAGAAAAGGAAAUCGGCCAUCCCAACUACAAAGUUCAUACAGAUUUUAAGCAAUCAGAGACUGAGGAUUCCAAAUCAAGUCAACUCUCGGACAAAAUACAUGAUAAGGGUAGUCCGAAUGACACUUCAGCAAAUAUGCCGAGAGAAAUACAGCCUGUUAGUUCUAGAAAUGGUGCCGUCUCGAAUGUGACUGACCACCAACUAGCAAUAAACGGCGACAAGCAGAAUGGUAUUGUUAAACAGGAACAAGAUAAACUUAGUAAUAGUGUCCAAAAGAAAUAUAAUGCCUUUCCAUAUGAACAUACUAUGAGCUACUCUAGUAACGAGUCUGAUCUGAGGUCAAAACACUUUCCAGUACUACCUUCUCUUAGUACUUCAAAAAAAUUCACACAGCAAGAGGCUCUUCAUGGGGGCCAGAUAAGAUUAAGGGAGGAUUCUCAAAAAAGCUAUCUAACAAAAAAGGAGAGAAAUAUCAAGUCGUAUAAAGAUUUAUUAGAUUUGUCAGAUGAGGAGGAAGAGGAAAAAGAAGAAGAGGAAAUUGUUUUUUCAAACCUUGAGCACUUUACCGAUGAUGCAGAAAAUUAUGGCUUGCUCUAUCAGAGCAAUGUCACAAAUCCAUUAAUUGAAAGUUUAUAUGGACAUUCCCCCCUUAUAUCAAAUCUAAAGCCUACAACACCGACAGAAAGUAAGCCAUCCACAGGAACGCUGGAGUCUCCUUUCAAUCCUACUUCGGCACGUUCAUGCGAACUGUCAGAAUCUACUUUCAAAAGAACUAAUAACGCAGGUACAAGUGUAUCUAGUAUGUACCUCUUUGGACAAAAUUCUCUAUGUCAUAGUUAUAUUUCACAUCUCCCUCCACCUGCCAAAUCUCAGACAUUGAAAUAUCAUGAUCUGAAUAGCAGCUUAGAUGCAGAAGUUCCUGAUCUGAUGAGCAACUUGUAUUUUAUAGAUGAGGCGGAAGAAGAUGAAUAUUAUAAUUCUCGUAAUAUUCCAAAUGGGAAAACAAUGGAGCAGCACGAUAAAAACGCAUCGUCCAAGGUUAUGGUAGAUAAAGACGAUGACUAUUAUCUCGAUGAAAUAAACACAAUCCCGGAAGACUAUGAUUAUGAUUCAGAAUCUUAUCGGAAUGACUCUCAAAUAAAACGGGGUAGACUAAAGCUUAAUUUUCGAGCAGCUAAAUCGGCGUCAAGUGACGAACGAUUCCCAAGUUCAUCACUUGCUGCCUUUAAAGAGACGCAUAGCUUCAACAGCAAACCUAAUGGUGCCAGCAAGGGUGACACCUCGUUAAAGAAUAAAUUAAAAAUAAACAAUAGAACAGUAACUUUUUUCAAUCACGCUCCGGGACAACCAAAAUUGUUCUCUGAUAAACAUAAUUUAAGUGAUCAGUCCAGGCCAUCUCAUCCAGCCUUUGAUACUGAAUUAGAACCCAGUUUAAACUUUUUUACGACAAGUCCGGGAUAUACACAGGAAAGCUCAUAUUCUCUUAGUCCAAUAUUAGAAACAGUUGGAUCUACAACCAGUUCACCGAAAAGAUGA